CCCUCUCGGCGCAAAAAGAAAAGAGAAGGGAAGAGGAGAGGAAAUCGGCAGAAAAGAAAAGGCGAGAAGGAAGGAAGCAACGAAGCGAGGGGAUUCCGCGGAGUUGGUGGAGGCGAGGGUUUGGUGCGGCCAUGGAGAACCUGGCGAUGCUGUGGGGGAUCAUCGGGCCGGGCGUCGCCGGCGCGCUCUUCGGCGCCGGCUGGUGGUUCUGGGUCGACGCCGUCGUCUGCAGCGCCGUCCAGGUCUCCUUCAUCCACUACCUGCCCGGGAUCUUCGCGUCGCUGGCCGCGCUCAUGUUCAAUUGCGUCGACAAGGAUGCCAUCGGGAACGACUACUACUCGUCCUACGGGGAUGAUUCCGAGUGGAGGGUGAAGCUUUGGCUUUUUGUCGCCUACGUCGUUUCAUUCGUCUGCCUUGCGGGAUCAGUGGGUUUGUUGGUGCAAGACGCCCUGACAGACAAGGGCCCUUCUGUGUGGACUGGUGUUGCCGGGGUUCUGCAAUGCGUUUUUGUGUUGAUAAGCGGGUUGACAUACUGGACGUGCCACACCGAGGAUUAAGGGUCAAAUAUCAAAUCUCGCGAAGACGUUUAGUCUAUACCCGUGUGUGGUCCUGUGUAAAAAAAUAUGUUCAUUCCAGGGCGGGAUUACUUGGUGUCCGUGUGUGCAUAGCUGACCGCUUCCUGAAAUGGAUCCGUAGCAUCAGUACUACGUACGUACGUGUUUAUUAUCCUAAUUUGUUGUGAGAUUGUGGUGCUUGGUGGCUUGAGAGGUUAGCAUUGAGAUUGGAUCACGAGCUGCCUGCAGCAAGUCGUUAUUACUGUCAAACCUCCAUAUGAAAAUUCAGUUGACUCCAUUAAA